AUGAACAAAAUUUACCACUUCGAGAAUGUAUCUGCACUAGAGCAGACCGAGGAGGCAGAACUGGAAGCACCUAUCAGUACAGGGUCUGGGAAAGGUCAUGGGCCGAUUGAUGCCACUGUUCCAGCAGGCGAGGAAAAGAUUUUACAGGAACCUCAGGAACUACGACUGGUUUUGGGAAUAGACUAUGGCACGACAUUCAGUGGGAUGCAUAUAGGCAUUGCGUGGGCUACACCUUCAGGUGCAGAAUGCUCUCUCGAGGAAAUCGAUGUAAUUGAGCAAUGGGGUCCGCAGAUGGACAACGAGGAGAAGGUUCCAAGCGUGAUCUCUUACUCGCGUUCAAGUCAGGCCGGGGAGCAGCAAUGGGGUAAGAGUCUGAGCGCAGAUGCAGUGACAAUGAUUCACACUAAGUUGGAGCUUGGCGUGGAAGAUCUAUUAGGGGAACUUGACAUGACUUUACAGGUUCUGGACGGCAUGAAGAAUCUGAACUUUGACGAGAUGAUGUUGAGCAAAGGCCAGAACGACCUACCGCCGUAUUCUCACAAGAGCCCGGAGGAGAUUGUGACAGACUACCUCGAGAAAUUGUUUGCUUACGUGCAAAUGGAAGUGCGAGUAGACGAGAAUAACGUGUUCGCCAAACACACAACGACGGAUAUUGUUGUCACAAUACCCACAAAGUGGUCUUAUAUGGCUAUGAACUCCACAUACAGAGCUCUCACGAAAGCUGGGUUUAAUAAGGACAACUUUCCAAAGCUGAGGCCAAUCAUGUUUGUGACAGAGCCCGAGGCAGCUGCGCUUUACACUGCGCGGUGGUAUCGUGACGAAAAAGAAGAAGAAUUCCUCCAAGUUUGUAAGACUGAGUCUGAGGCCAUGCAGAGCCUAAUUACUAUACCAGGCAGUCGCUGCGGAUCCAUUUUCAUCAACCUUGAGUUCAAAAAGUGGCUGAGAAUGCUGCUUGGAGAGGAGGAAUAUCUAAAGCUCGACCCAAAUCUGGACAUCGACAAAAACGCAAAUCACGCCUCCGAAACUCCCGCCAUGAGAGAACUCAUGCAAGCGUUUGACGAUGUCAAGAAGCAGUUUGCAUUCUCAACACCUGAUGUUCGAUUCAGCCUACGAGGGGAGUUGGAGAACCUUGACAUUUUUGGUAAAGUAAACAAGGGCCUAAUUACCAUUCCACAAUCGACAAUGCGAGGCUUUUUCGACUCCUGCAUCAAACAGAUAGUUGAGCUCAUCUGGGAACAUGUUGAUCGCAUCGAAGAAAGAGGCAGUCGUCCAAAGCACUUGUUUCUUGUGGGUGGUUUUGGGGCGUCUGAGUACCUAAAACAUCGCCUCAAGGAGACGAUCACCGAGGAAGAGAUGCAGAUGAGCUACCGACAGCCGAAGGAGUCCUGGACAGCAGUGGUUCGAGGAGCAGUGGUGUGUGGUAUCGAGAAAGAUGCGAUACCGAACUUGAGAAAGACCGAUGUUUGCCGACACAACUACGCGGUUUGCUUCGACCAACUCUACUCAAAUACGUUCCACGUAGAAAAGGAUAUGACCCAGAUCCAUGGAGCCACGUACGCGCAAUCUCAACUCACAUGGCUACUCAAUAAGGGUGACCUAGUCCUGUCGGAUCAGCCGCGUAAAGAGGAGGUGUCAUUUCAGCUUACACUAAGGGAUCUGAGUGCUGGCAAGACGCAAUUGGAGAUCUUCAGAAACUCCGAUGAUGAAGAUCAGCGGCCUCGACGUUACCAGAAUGCCAAGGAAGGUCGGUCGAUCCGCUUAGACCUCCAUGUCAUUGGUCACUAA